AUGUCGAAGUUUUUGAUGCGCAUGGGAACGAAGAAGGAAAGAUUUUUAGUUCUGAUGAAGAUACUAUCAGUGGAAAUUCCAGUUAAAGAGCCUUAUCAAAGAAUGACUAUAGAAUGGCGAAGGGGGAACAAAAAAAGUGAGACUAAGACCACUUUUGAAUUAACUAAAGAAAAGCCUAUGGCCCAUAUCAAUGAAACAUUCUCAAAGGCUUCUAUCUUUUAUAAGAGCACUAAAACUGAAAAGUAUUUCAAAAAAUUAGCUUAUAUUAGAGUAAAAGGUUAUGCUGCCAGCAACGGUAAUAAAGAAAAACUAAUGGGUGAACUUGAACUAGAUAUAUCUCUAUUUAUGAAUACUGCUGGAGAUACUAAGAUACUGUAACUUAAUAAAGCACUUCCAAAUUCCAAGAUUGAAUUAUAAAUAUCCAUUCAGAAGGAUGAUGGUAGUAACUAACUCACUAAUAAUGCUAAUCAGUAGAUGAAUAAUUUUAUUGAUGAUUCCAGUAGCGAGGAUGAGGAAAUCUAAAGUAAACAAUCGAUGAUCUCUAAUAGAUAAACAGCUAGUACUGAUAAUAGAUUAGAAGAGGAGAAAGGUGGUAGUGAACAUAAUUCAGCAUAAAAUGAGCCUGGCCUUGAUGAAUCACCCUCACAAGACUCAAUCUAUGAUAAAUCUAGAACCAUGACUAACCAAUUUUAGCAUUAAGAUGUUGAGGAUGUGAUUAAGGAAAAUGAGUCUUAAAGAUGGAAGAUCAAAGAUCUUGAAAAAGAGAUAGAGGAUCUUAAGAUUUAAAUUGAGUUUAAGUAGAAGUCCUAUGAGAAUUACAAAAGCUUAAUGCAGUAAAAAUUGGAUGAACUGGAACAGGAAAAGCUUGACUUACUUAAGGGUGCAGAAGAAUAAUCAUCUGGUGAUUAGAAAAAGUACAUUAGAUAGGAACUUGAAAUACAAAAUCUUAAGAUUAAGAUUUAAGAGCUGGAAGAUAAAAACCAACAGCUAAUUAAUUAAAAUUACAAUCAUACUGUUCAAAGUUCAGGAUCCCCUAGUAAAUAAGGAGUAUCGAUAGCUAAUAAACCACUUGAUAAUGAUAAUCUUGAGGAAAUUUAAAGGGACUAUGAGUAAAAAUUGAACCAAAAGAAACUUGAGAACGAGUAGCUAAGAGCUGAGACUUUAAAACUCUAGAAUAGCCUUCUUGAAAAAAAUUAGGAAAAUCUAAAGCUUAAAGGGGAACUAUUGUUAGUAUAGACAGAUCUUGAUAAUGAAAGGAGCAGAAAUUCAGAAGCUUAAUAUGAAAUAGAUACAUUUAAUUGA